UGUGCGUGGUGUCCUGUGAUUGGUCCGUUAUGUAUUAAGUGGAGCGCUGUUUGUGGGAGUGAGAGUUUGUUAUUCUUCCUUUUCAAGGCAUCGUUGAUUGUGUUGAUCCCAGCUUUUGUCUCAAGAGCUGGGCUUCAUUCAAUCAUAUUUCACAAAAUGAAGCGGGUUUGGUUGAUUGGGCUGCUCUGUGCACAUUUAGCUUUCGCAUCUGUGAGAGCAGAAGAUGGACUUGACAUUGAUGGGACUGUUGAAGAUGAUCUGGGAAAAAGCAGAGAUGGUUCCAAAACAGAUGAUGAGGUGGUGCAGAGGGAGGAGGAGUCUAUCCAGCUGGACGGGCUGAACGCAGCUCAGAUAAAAGAGAUCAGAGAGAAAUCUGAGAAGCAUGUCUUCCAGGCAGAGGUCAACCGCAUGAUGAAGCUUAUCAUCAACUCACUCUACAAGAACAAGGAGAUCUUCUUGAGGGAGUUGAUAUCCAAUGCCUCUGAUGCUCUGGAUAAGAUCAGAAUGAUGUCUCUAACCAACGAGGAUGCACUGGCAGCCAAUGAGGAGCUCACCAUCAAGAUCAAGAUGGACAAAGAGAAGAACAUGCUCCACAUCACUGACACGGGCAUCGGCAUGACCAAAGAGGACUUGGUCAAGAACCUGGGUACCAUCGCCAAGUCGGGCACCAGCGAGUUCCUCAACAAGAUGACGGAGAUUGAAACCGAGGGCCAGUCCACCUCUGAGCUUAUUGGCCAGUUCGGCGUGGGCUUUUACUCUACCUUCCUGGUUGCCGACAAGGUGAUCGUGUCUUCAAAGCACAACAACAGCACACAGCACAUCUGGGAGUCUGACUCCAAUGAGUUUUCUGUCAUUGAGGACCCUCGCGGGGAUACGCUCGGCAGGGGCACCACCAUCACGUUGGUGAUGAAGGAGGAGGCUACAGACUACCUGGAGCUGGAAACCAUCAAGAACCUGGUCAAGAAAUACUCACAGUUCAUCAACUUCCCCAUCUACAUCUGGGCCAGCAAGACAGAGACUGUUGAGGAGCCCAUCGAGGACACCGAGGUGGAGAAAGAUAACACUGAGGAUGAGGUAGAGGUAGAGGUAGAGGUGGAGGAAGAGGAAGACAAGCCCAAGAAGGUUGAGAAGACUGUGUGGGACUGGGAGCUGAUGAACGACGUCAAGCCUAUCUGGACGAGACCAGCCAAAGAAGUAGAGGAGGAUGAGUACAAAGCCUUCUACAAGACUUUCUCUAAGGACACAGAUGAGCCCCUCUCCCACAUCCACUUCACAGCCGAAGGUGAGGUCACCUUCAAGUCCAUCCUGUUUGUCCCCGUUGCUGCCCCCAGGGGCAUGUUCGACGAGUAUGGAACCAAGAAGAACGACUUCAUCAAGCUCUUUGUCCGUAGAGUCUUCAUCACUGAUGAUUUCAAUGACAUGAUGCCCAAAUACCUGAACUUUGUCAGGGGAGUGGUGGACUCUGAUGAUCUGCCACUGAAUGUGUCAAGAGAAACCCUGCAGCAGCACAAGUUGCUCAAGGUCAUCCGUAAGAAGCUGGUGCGUAAGACCCUGGACAUGAUAAAGAAGAUUGCAGAGGAGCAGUACAAUGAGAAGUUCUGGAAGGAGUUUGGCACCAACAUUAAACUGGGUGUGAUCGAGGACCACUCCAACAGGACUCGUCUGGCCAAACUGCUGCGUUUUCAGACCUCCAACAGCGACACGGUGCUGGCCAGCCUGGAGCAGUACGUAGAGAGGAUGAGGGACAAGCAGGACAAGAUCUACUUCAUGGCCGGAACCAGCCGUAGGGAGGCUGAGUCUUCUCCCUUUGUAGAGAGUCUGUUGAAGAAGGGUUAUGAGGUAAUCUACCUGACAGAGCCAGUAGAUGAGUACUGUGUCCAGGCCUUGCCAGAGUUCGACGGUAAGCGCUUCCAGAAUGUGGCCAAGGAGGGCAUUAAGUUUGACGAGAGCGACAAGGCCAAGGAGACCAGGGAGGUCCUGGAGAAGGAGUACGAACCCCUCACCACCUGGAUGAAGGACAGCGCCCUCAAGGACAAGAUUGAGAAGGCUAUCCUGUCCCAGAGGCUGACCAAGUCUCCCUGUGCCCUGGUAGCCAGCCAGUACGGCUGGUCUGGUAACAUGGAGAGGAUCAUGAAGGCACAGGCCUACCAGACAGGAAAAGACAUCUCCACAAAUUAUUAUGCAAGCCAGAAGAAAACAUUAGAAAUCAACCCAAAGCACCCUCUCAUCAAGGAAAUGCUGAAACGCAUUUCUACUGAUGCCGAGGACCAGACUGCCUCAGACCUGGCCAUGGUGUUGUUUGAGACGGCCACAUUGCGUUCAGGCUACCAGCUUCAAGACACCAAGGCCUAUGGAGACAGGAUUGAACGCAUGCUGCGGCUCAGUAUGAACGUAGAUCUCAACGAACAGGUUGAGGAGCCAGAGGAGGAGCCUGAAGAGGCGGCAGAGGCUGAGGAAGAAGAGGAAAUUCAAGAUGAGGAUGAAGUGGUAACAGAUAAAGAUGAAUUAUAAAGCAUUAAAUGAGUGUGGGUGUCAUGAUGGACCUAUCCUGGAGCUGAGCCACAACCAAGACCACCCAUGGCCAACCAAGUCCUAGCCUUGAAAUUCAGACUCCAUUAUCUAUAAAUUAGUCAUUACGACAGUGAAACCGUGUGAUUCAGUCUGGAUAGCCAAGAACACCAACGGUCAGUGAAGACUAACCAGGUCCCAGAUCGGCUAAGUCAAGACAUUGAUGGCCAUUGGCUACCUUUGACUCACUCGGGAAGGUCCUGAUCGGAUUUUUUUUAUAAGGGUUUGGUUUUGUUUUGUUACAUUCCUCAUGAUUGUAAAUUUGUUAAUAUUUCACUGAGCUGUCUUUGGAAAAGAUGAAAGAUGUGAUCGAUACUGUCACUUGAUCCCAUUAAAUAAAUAUUUAUUGGGAAAA